GGGCUGAAGGUGAUGAGGAUGAUGAGCAGGGAGGAAGAAAAACACCGUCAGUUUAGUUGAAGGAGCUUUCUAACAGCAUUUAUCCGAACAUAUAUACCUGUAUAGUGGUUUAUGCAGGUAUACACACACACAUAUAUACAUACCUGUGUGUAUGUCCCGGUUCAUCUUCACACAGAAAGGAUGAUGGUGAUUUUGGAGGAAGAAAAUACCAUCAGUUUAGUUGAAGGAACAUUCUAACAGCAUUUACCUGAGGAUAUAUACACCUGUAUAGUGGUUUAUGCAGGUAUACACACACACAUCUAUAUACCUGUGCGUGUUUACUGUUUCAUCUUCACCUGGAGAGGAAGAUGAUGGUGAUUUUCGAGGAAGAAAACACCACCAGUUUACAUAAAGGAGGCUUCUAACAGCAUCUAUCUGAACAUAUCUAUAUUUAAAGUACAUGUAUGGUGGUCCUAGCGUAUAAGCAGGUAUACCCGCACACACCUGUGCGUAUUUCCUGGUUCGUCUUCACCUGGAGAGGGUGUUGAUCACCAGGAAGCAGGAACCAUAGGAUCUCUUCUUACAUUCCUCUUCAGAAAAUGCUCCAGGACUCGUUAAAUAGUUUAAAAACAAACUUCACAACAGCACUAGCAGCCCUGCACAGAUAAUAGGAGCCUUUGCAUAUCGACUUCUCGCAUCUUCUGAAACUUAUCAUGGAGCUCAAGGUGUUUAUCGUGGCUUUGGGGCUCUUGUUGGGGAGUUUGGUGGCCGCCAGCUCCCCGGCCGCGAGCAACGGUAAAGAGAGUUCUCAUAGUGGGGUCGGUGAUCACGAAAGCGCUGGUCACGGUAAUCAGUCCCGGAGAGCCUUCCCGGUGUUGUCGUUUGAUUAUGAACACGUUCGACUGCCGUUUGAGAUUUCACUAUGGGUGCUGCUGGCCUCCUUGAUGAAGCUGGGGUUCCACCUGAUCCCCCGCAUUUCCUCCAUCGUACCUGAGAGUUGUCUGCUCAUCGUGGUCGGUCUCCUGAUCGGGGGUCUCAUGAAACUCGUGGGUGAAGUUCCUCCCGUCCUCCGAUCCGACAUCUUCUUUCUCUACCUGCUUCCUCCAAUCAUCCUAGAUGCCGGCUAUUUUCUUCCCAUCCGACCCUUCACUGAAAACCUGGGCACCAUCCUGAUGUUUGCGGUGGUGGGAACGCUCUGGAACUCCUUCUUCAUUGGCGGUUUACUAUACGGUGUGUGUCAACUGGAGGGCGUUCAUCUGGUGCAUGUGGAUCUGCUGUCCUGUUUGCUGUUCGGCUCCAUUAUUUCGGCUGUGGAUCCUGUGGCGGUUCUGGCGGUUUUUGAGGAGAUCCACAUCAACGAGCUGCUCCACAUUCUGGUGUUCGGAGAGUCGCUACUGAACGAUGCCGUCACUGUGGUUCUGUAUCAUCUGUUCGAGGAGUACUCCAGUGUGGGAACCAUCACCAUCACGGACGUGUUUCUGGGAAUCGUGUGUUUUCUGGUGGUGUCGUUGGGUGGAAUCGUGGUCGGCGCCAUCUAUGGCAUCCUGGCAGCCUUUACAUCACGCUUCACCUCACACACACGCGUCAUCGAGCCGCUGUUCGUCUUCGUCUACAGCUACAUGGCUUAUCUGUCCGCUGAGGUGUUUCAUCUGUCUGGCAUCAUGGCGUUAAUCGCAUGUGGUGCCGUCAUGAGACCCUACGUGGAAGCCAACAUUUCCCAUAAAUCUCACACAACCACUAAGUAUUUCUUGAAGAUGUGGAGCAGCGUGAGCGACACACUUAUCUUCAUUUUUUUGGGAGUGUCGACGGUGGCCGGACCGCACCAGUGGAACUGGACCUUCGUCAUUGUCACUUUAAUCCUCUGCCUGGUAGCGAGAGUUCUGGGGAAUGACCAUUCGACCGCUGGUGGACCUGCUGGCAGUCAAGAAGAAACAAGAAACCAAGAGAUCCAUUAAUGAGGAGAUUCACACACAGUUCUUGGACCAUCUGCUCACUGGCAUCGAGGACAUCUGUGGACAUUACGGACAUCACCAUUGGAAGGACAAACUGAACCGCUUCAAUAAGAAGUACGUGAAGAAGUGCCUGAUAGCGGGCGAACGCUCCAAAGAGCCACAACUCAUCGCUUUCUACCACAAGAUGGAGAUGAAGCAGGCCAUCGAGCUGGUUGAGAGCGGAGGCGGGGCCAAACUGCCCUCCGCCCUGCCCUCCACCGUCUCCAUGCAGAACAUUCAGCCUAAGAAGCCUCCUGCUGAUCGCGCUCUGCCGCAGCUCUCUAAGGCUCGAGAGGAGGAGAUACGGAAGAUUCUGCGCACAAACCUCCAGAAAACACGAAUGAGACUGCGCUCCUACAACAGACACACACUGGUGGCCGAUCCGUAUGAGGACGGCUGGAACGACAUCAUCAAGCGCAAGAAAAUGAUAGAGCUGGAGAAGAAGAUAUCGCAGAUGAAUAAUUACCUCACCGUUCCCGCUCCACCUCCUGAUUCGCCAACCAUCUCUCGAGCUCGACUGGCUUCAGAUCCUCAAGCUUGGGGCAUGAAAACCACUACCGAAAGCAUCCCAACCAUAAAAGUGGACCUGGCUUCACCACAGAGCCCAGAAUCAGUCAAUGUAGUGGACGAGUUAAGCAAGAAGGAGAAGCAGCAGAAGCAGAGCAAAGACAAGGAUGAGGAAGGCGGCCUGACCAUGAAAUUGCCAGAGAGAAAGGAGAAAGAAGGAGACGAGGACCCGCCGAAAUGCCUCAUGCGCUGUCUGAGUGACCCGGGACCCGCUCCUGAGGAUGAGGACGAGGACCAGCCCUUCCUCCCCUGAGAGAGAACACACUGUCUGUCUGCGGGAUGAGGAGCGGGAGAAACUACUCUGAAAGUGACAAUGUUGGAAGCCAAAACUGCAGGAAACGGCAGGAAAACCAAAACUGUUUAUGAACCAAAAUAAAGAAGACGAAAGGGAGCGAUCAAAAAUAGCCAUUAUUAUUAUUAUUACUAUUAUUAUUAAUAUUUUUUGCUUGUCAUUUGUUGUGUUAAUUCACCAACGGCCUGUUCACACCAGGGAUGAUAGAUUUAUUAAUUAUAUUUACAGUUGAAGAUAAAAUUACCCGCCCUCUUGUUUUUUUUUUUUUUUUUUCAUCCCAAAUAUUUUUUUUUCACAGAUUUCUUUAUUUUUCUUUAUUUCAGAUAGAAUAAAAAACGUUUUAGCAGUUUAAAAGCCAAUUUAAGGUCAAUAUUAACCAAUAUAUUUUUCAAUUGUUCACAGAACAAACCACUGUUAUACAAUGACUUGCCUAAUUAACCUAGUUAAGCCUUUAAAUGUCACUUUAAGCUGAAUACUGGUUUCUUGAAAAAUAUAUGAGUGUCAUUAUAGUGAUAACUAUAUUAGAUGAUAAAUAUACUUUUAUAAUUAUUAUUUCAUCACUAAUGGACAGAAAAUACCCUUAAUUUAAAAAAAUGAAAUAAAUAUGAGACCCUGUCAAAAGUAUGAGAUAAAAAGCUAUAAUUAUGAUAUUUUAAGACACAUGCAUUAUUAAAAGUCCAUCUAAAUUACAAGAUAAAGAAAUUAAAUUAGGUAUAAAAAGUGUAAGAGUUUAAACAGAGAUAAAACAUCAAAAUCAUGACACAGUGGAUAUUGUAAAAAGACGAAUGAGCAUGUAAUAGAACUACAAUAUAUAAUAUUAAUAUUAAACAUUAUUGUGCAUAUAAUUAUAAUUAGUGAUGUAGUUAUCAUUAUAUUUAAAGUAAAUUAAAUCAUAAAUAACCUUGGUUAAUAAUACUUAAUCCUCAAUUAUGCCAAAAAAUACCAAAAAUAAAUAAAGUAUGAUAAUAAAAGCAAUAGUAAUGACAUGCUAAGACACGUGUGUAAUUAAAAAUCAGUCUAAAUAAUGAGAUAAAAUAUCAUAAUCAUGACAACAACAAAUUAAUAUUGUCAAAAUAAAUAUAUAAAUAAAAGCAUGAGCAUUUAAAGUGACAGACAGCAAACUGCAUUUAUGAUACAUCAAAACAGUUAUUGUGUUAUUGCUUCGAAUGCUAAUAUAGUUAUCGUUAUAGGUAUCAUUCUUGGUGUGAACAGCUCUUAGCACUGUGUUCUUACCAGACAUGAUGCGAUUCAAAUACUUUAUUUCCGACAACAAAGCGAUGAAUUAGCUCGAAUAAUUUAUUAAACAUCAGGUUUACUAGUAUUUUCAGGUCUGGUUUGAACACGAGUCAGUGAAGUAGAUGUUGCCGCUCCAGCAUUUACCGUGGAAUAAUAAUAAUAAUAUUCCACACGAGGAGAACAGAUCUAUGCAUUCAAAAUAGUCGAACUGUUCAGUCUCACUAUAUUCAGGUGAAUAUACUGUAUGCCUUUUUAUUUUCACAUCUAGCUCUUUUGUGUUCGUUUACAUCAGUUGCCUUUGUUUUUGUGACGUGUUGUGUUUUAUUCAAACCCCGGCUCAGUGGAAGUAUGUGCUCGGGGCUGUGUUUUUGAGAACCAAGAAAAAUAUGUACCCUGGUCUACGUCUGCUUGCAGUUUACACUAAUCCAUUAGAGGGCGUCGUGUAGAAUUUUUUUGACAAUCUCAAAUAUGUUACUGGUGCAUGUUUUAUUUAUGUUUCAUUUCUCGUAAGUCCACUGUUUACAUUUUUUUCGACGAUUUCAAAUAUAUACGGGGGCACGUUUCUCAUGCGUGCCAUUUCUCGAGAAUCCACCAGAGGGCGCUCUGUACAUUUUUUUGAUUUCUUUCAAAUGUGUUACUGGGAAACGUUGUCUUGUACGUGCAAUUUCUCGUAAUUCCACCAGAGGGUGCUGUGUAACGUUUUUUGCUGUCAAAUGCUACACUGGGGCACGUUUUCUCAUAUAUCAUUACUCGUGAAUCCACCUGAGUGUGCUGUGUAAAAUUUUUUUGACGAUUUAAAAUACGUUACUGGGGCACAUUUUCAUAUACAUGUAAUUUCUCGUAAAUCCACCAGAAGGCGCUGUGUAAUUUUUUUUUUUUUUAUCUCAAAUAUGUUACUGGGGCACUUUUCUCAUACGUGUCAUUUCUUGUAAAUCCACCAGAGGGCGAUGUGAACAUUUUUUUUUUUUUACUAUUUCAAAUGCAUUACAGGGACAAGUUUUCUCAUACAUGUAAUUUCUCGUAAAAAAUCCACCAGAGUUCGCUGUGUACAUUUUUUAAAAAAAUUUCAAAUACGUUAGCAUCCACCAGAGGGUGCUUUUUUGGGUUUCGAUUUACCUGGAACCGUUCUUAACUGUACUCGAACCCUGGUGCACUAUGCGCCCCAAGUCUAAUUAUUUUUGUAGUUAUCAUUAUAGAGUAUUAAAUAAUAAAUGACCAUAAUAAACAGUUAGUGAUGACAUGAUAAUUAUAAAUAGCCUUAAUUAGGACUUUAAAAACUACAAUAAAUAAUAUAAUAUAAUAAUAUCAAUAAUAAAUAAUUAAUAGCGAAAUUGCAAGACAUUUUUUUUUCUUUUUUUUUAAUUUAUGAUAUGGAAAAAAAAAUGAUAUUAUCGGAAGUCAAAAGCAUGGGCAUUUAAAACUGCAACAUGCUUAUGAUCAACGUGGCAUUACUGUACAUGAGUCUGGGUUCUUGUAUAGUUAUUUUUAUACUUUUAAAUAUAAUGAUAACUAUACUAGAUGAUAAAUAUACUAUACUUAUAAUUAUCAUUUCAUCACUAACAUUGAUAAAUGAGAUAAAUUAGGUCUUCUCGACCUCAUGUGCUUUUUUUUUUUUUUAUCUGGAACCAUUCGUCAUUGUACUCGAACCCCGGUGCACUCUGUGUCUCUCUUUUAAUUAUUUCUAUAGUAUAUUAAAUAUGUUAUUAUAUAUUCUCAUUAUUGUGUAUUAAAUGAUAAAUUACCAUAAUUAUAAAUUAACCAUGACAUAAUUGUAAAGAGCCUUAAUCACGACUUUAAAAAAUGCAAUUAAAUAAUAUAAAGUCACUGGAAAUUAAUAGGCAAUUUUAUUUUAACCGUUUAAAUUAGAAGAUAAAAAAAUUAAUAUUAAAGUCAAAAGCGUCAGCAUUUAAAGUGACGGAAAACAAAAUCCCUAUAUGCUUAUAUUAAACGACGUUGUGCAUUAGUUUGGUUACUAAUAUAGCUAUUUUAUACUAUAACAAUAAGUGUAUUAGAUGAUAAAUAACAAUACUUGUAAUCAUUAUUUUAUGACUAAUCGAUAAAGUAGCUUUAAUUUCAUCACCACUUUAAAUAAAUUACAUAAAUAAAUGAGAUCUUCUACCUUGACCUCAUGUGCUUUUAUUGAAUUUCGUUUAACCAUUCUUUACUCGAACUCUGGUGCAUUGUCCCAAAUCUAGCAUCGUAGCAUUCGUUUUACACUAAAAAAAUGCAACCCUGAUGCACUCUGCGUCCCUAAUCUAGCAUUGUGACAUUUGUUUCACACAUAAAUUGCAACCCUGGUGCACUCAGUGUCUCAAAUCUAGCAUCGUAGCAUUCGUUUUGCACACAAAAUGCAGACGUAUAUACCCAUGAGCACAUUUUUCUUGGUUCUCAAAUGUGUAGGCCUGUGCACAUUUUCCCCAAUGAGCCAGUGUUGGUUUAGUUUGACUCGUUUAUCAAAAGCAAUAUCAAACCGGUAACAUGAUGGCCUUUCUUAUAUUUAUUAGUCAGAUGGUAUGUAUUUACACUGGCUUAUUAUUAUUAUUAUUAUUAUUCCAUUGACACCCAAUUGACCCAUAGAGGACCAUUCAUAUAUAUUCAAUAACGCACAGAACG